AAAAAAAAAUAUCCUGUCAAAUUUCAAAAUAAUAAACAAGUGUUAAGGAGUGAUUUCAAAUCCAAAAAUUAAUAUUUUAAAUUACGUGCUGAUGAUGGAUAGUAUCCAAAUUGACGAAAAUAUAGUUAUUUAUAAACUGGCCAAACAUUUUUAUAAUGGGUCAUAUAAGUUUCAUUUAGAUGCCAAUGAAGUUCAAACAUUAAGUUGGAGUGUGCAAGAACAGCUUUUAAAUUCGACUAUAAACAACGUCCUUAUAAAAAAGUAUCCAUUAAGUGCAGAAUUUGUUAGACUUUAUUUGAAAACAAUUUUGAAUUAUUUAGAGCCGCAUCAUGAAGUUCAUGAAGGCAUCUAUGAAAACAUGUGUUCAAUAAUGGCAAAUAAACAAAAUCAAAAUGACUUCUGCUACAGGCAUUAUGUUAUUGACAAUAAUUUAAAUAAUAUAGUUACAAUGAAAGAAACAAAGAAUAUGGUGAUUAAUGGCACAACAGGCAUGAAAACUUGGGAGGCUGCAUUGAUAUUGGCAGAUUGGAUUAUCAGUCAUAAAAAUCUAUUUAAAAAUAAAAAAGUCCUUGAAUUGGGGUCUGGUGUAGGUUUUACAGGCAUCUGUGUUGCAAAAUUAUGUGAAAUAUCAAGUAUCAGCUUAACGGAUUGUCAUGAUGAUGUUAUAAAUACAAUACAUGAUAAUAUACAAAUAAAUUUUCCAGAUGCAAAGAAAAUUUGUGGAAAUAAUUCAAUUAUCUAUGAGUGUGACGAUAAAAGGAUAGGUGUUACAAAGUUGGACUGGAAUUUUGUUGAAGAUAUAAAAUGUAUUGAAAGUCCAGACAUUGUAAUUGGAGCUGAUAUUGUAUAUGAUCCCUCUAUAUUGCAACCACUUUCAAAUGUUCUGAAAAUAUUAUUUGAGAAAAAUAAAAAUAUGGAAGUAUACAUUGCAUGCAUUAUACGCAAUGAGGAUACACUUAAAGAGUUUUUUACUGUUUUAGGAUCACAGAAUAUUAUGUCCAUAGAGAAAUUAACAGUAGCAGGCAAUGUUCACAUUGAAUGGGAUUCAAGUGUAAAUAGAUGUUUUGUUAAAAUAAAGUACAAAGUAUAAA